UCCAAUUAACCUUUUGCCAAAAUUUUUUUUUUUUUCUUAUUAUCAGUUAAAACCCGCUCUUGAUUUCUUCUAAAAGGAGAGAGAGAAGGGAGCGAGAAAAGCUCAAAGUAAAGAAGAGAAGAGAUCUACACGCAAAAAUUACUCCCCCUCUCUUGAUUUCUUCUUCUUCUUCUUCUUUUCUACAAUUUUUUUUCAAAAAGAAAAAGGAAAAUUCUUUGAUAUUAUUUUUCGUGAUUGAAGAGAAAAAUGUUUUAUUCCUUUUCAAGUAAUUCGAUUAUAGCCGUCUGAUUCUUGCCCAGAAUCAAAGCUUUUUAUCACCAAAAGCUGUAGAUAUUGACGAAAAUUUCAAAUUUAUUGAAAAAAUUGAAGAAAAAGAAAAAUUUUGAUUGUAGUAUCUGAGCUUGGAGAUGGGGUCAGGCAAAGGCGCGACUUCUUCUUCUCAACAAAUGGAAUCGUCUAUAGAAGAUCUUCGUGAAAGACAUCGGCUAGAAUUAGAAAAUUUAACAUUGACAACACAGCCCUUCAAAACAUUAAGGCUUUUCAUUCAGGCUAUCUUUCAAUACUUCAAGCAAUCAGUAUUAUAUCUUUUGGCAAGGGGUGGUUGGCUUAUGCUUUUAAGCACUCUAAUAGCAGCUCUUGGAAUCUUGCUUGUGACUAUUGAGGGCCCUCAUGAAAAGCAUGUUGAGGAAGUUUCUCAUUAUGUUCGGUUUGGAUUAUGGUGGAUUGCACUUGGUGUUGCAUCUUCAAUUGGUCUUGGAUCUGGUCUGCACACUUUUGUUCUCUAUUUGGGUCCUCAUAUUGCCUUGUUUACAAUAAAAGCAAUGCAAUGUGGACGAAUAGACCUGAAAAGUGCUCCAUAUGAUACAAUACUGUUGAAGAGAGGUCCUUCAUGGCUGGACAAAUCCUGCGGAGAGUUUGGGCCUCCGUUGUUUUCAUCAUCACAUGGGUCAAGGGUUCCUAUUAGCAGCAUAUUGCCGCAGGUGCAGAUGGAGGCUAUCUUAUGGGGUCUUGGGACUGCACUUGGAGAGCUUCCUCCUUACUUUAUCUCAAGGGCAGCAAGCGUAUCAGGUGGCAAAUUUGAUGCCAUUGAAGAAUUGGAUGCUUCUUCAAGUGAGGAUAAUGGAGUCAUAGCUACUCACCUGAGACAGAUCAAACGCUGGCUGUUAUCCCACUCCCAACACUUGAACUUCUUCACCAUUUUAGUGCUUGCCUCGGUCCCAAAUCCUUUAUUUGACCUUGCUGGCAUCAUGUGUGGACAAUUUGGGAUUCCAUUCUGGAAGUUCUUUUUCGCUACAUUGAUUGGGAAGGCAAUUAUUAAAACUCACAUACAGACGGUUUUUAUUAUCUCUGUCUGUAAUAAUCAACUCCUAGACUGGAUAGAGAAUGAAUUGAUCUGGGCGCUCAGUCUCAUACCUGGAUUUGAUUCUUUCUUGCCCACACUCACAGAAAAACUUCAUGCAGUCAAAGAGAAGUACCUGGCUGCCCCACCUCCGGUGCCUUCAAAUAUCAAGGAAAAGUGGGAUUUCUCAUUUGCUUCAAUCUGGAACACUGUUGUGUGGCUUAUGCUCAUGAACUUCUUUGUCAAGAUUGUCAAUGCGACUGCCCAGAGGUAUCUGAAAAAACAGCAGGAUAAGCAGCUCGCCGAGAAUUUAUCUGCUUCAACACAUUCAGAUUAGGAAUUUGUUGAAGCGGCCAUACUGCGUCUCAUCAUCUGUUUCUUUUUUCUUUGUUUACAAGUAGCCUUAGUGAACUACAAGUUAAUGCUGUUUUAUAUAUUACCAUUGAAGGAACUCCAAAAGAAGCCACUGCACUAAUUAGUCCCCCUUGUGUAGAAACAAUAGGAACAUAGACAAACUGAAGCUACAGGUUUUAUUCUUCCUGUGUAAUGGUUGGGUUGUUUUUAUCCCAUUGUUAAAGUACUAUUUGAGGAAAUUGGGAAUCUCAUUAUUCUUUGGCAAUGAAAAAAAAAAAAAAAAAUCUUUCUACACUCAUAAUUACCUUGUA